GCUUACUUUGGUAUAUUUUAUCAUUAUAUUUGUAUAUUUGGUGAAAUCUGGCAUAUCUUAUAUGUUGACAAAAAAAAACAAUAUAUAUGUAUUGUAAGUGCAUGUGCGCUCGAACGGGCACUUUGCAGAAGUUGGAAAUUCGUCAAUUAUUGGCUUUUACGACCGCCUUAUCUAUUUUAUAAUACAGCACAAAGAUUAUCAUGAUCCCCACGCCAUUCUCUAUAUAAAUGUCUCAGGCAUAUGAUGAAAAACGUACCUCAUUAUUACAUAAAACAUAUAAACACCUUACGUAUUGAAUUAUUAAUUAGCACAUAAAAUAUGGCUAACUUGAAGUUUUUGAUGUGUCUGUUCUUGAUCUGUGUUUCGUUGUCGCGAUCAUCAGCAUCUCGGCCAUUGCAGCAAGGGUUUGCAAACGCAGAUGGAAGUAGACGAGGGCGUAUGAUGAGAGAAGCAGAAAAAGUGUUGAAAGCUAAUAUGGAAAAGCUAAUGGAGAGAGGUUUUAAUGAGUCCAUGAGACUAAGCCCUGGAGGUCCUGAUCCUCGUCAUCAUUGAGUACGAACACUCGUAGAUUUAAAGUUCCAUGGAUGUAUUUUUUUCUUUUUCUCGAUCGAGAACCGGUUUAGAAGAAAUUAAAACAUAUUGAUCCGUUUUGUAUUGUAGCCUUGUUUGUUCGUUUGGUAUAACCAAAAUACAUUGAGGUAUCUGCUCGUUGCACAUUUUUAUGAAUGGAGCA